AUGUCACGACCAUUAAGGUCUGAUAUUUUGGGUGUUCUGAAGGGAGCCGGAAUGGUGUUUAAUAAUGCAUUUAAACUUCAAGAAAGCCAAUGCCAGCAAAUAUGGCAAAAUUCUAGUAUAAAGUCAGCAACAGAAGAUGUUAACAGCGUUCUAGGAGCUAGUUUGAAAGAUGUAGUUUUACAAACCAGCCCUGUUCAGGUAGAAAAGCUAGUGUCAGAAACCUUACAAAGAACUGCCAUGGUGGUAGAGGGUCUUAAAGGAGUUGUGAAGUAUUCUAAUCAACCCGUAGAAGAGCAGAAUAAUGGGAUCGACAUAUCUGAACUUGAAUUAGAAUUUGACAAAGAAACAAUGUUUGAAGAUGUUGAAAAUCUUUUUAGAAAAGGAGAAAAAGAAGAAAUUCAGUCUCUAAAAUCCAACGUAAAAGUUAUGUCAAUAACAUCACCUGGAAAGUAUGCUACUAUUAAAAAAAAACCUGAGUUGUUGCAGAACUUUGGAGAAACAUCAGAAUUGGCUCAAAACACAAAUACUCAAUACAAUAUACAGUCAAAAGUGCUAGAAAAUUAUAAACCUGUUGAAAAACUGGACCGUAUAUCAAAUAUUAUUGAGGAGUCUAAAGCUUUUGUAAAUCCAUUGCCUCAUUCAAUAGAUGGCAUCAAAUCAAAUGUGGAAGAUUCUUUGAAGGUUAAAACGCAACUGAAAGAAACUAAUUUCUACAAUAUUGAGCCACAAGUAAUUCAAAGUCAUUCAAUGGAUGGCAUCAAAUCAAAUGUGGAGGAUUCUUUGAAGGUUAAAAUGCAACUGAAAGAAACUAAUUUCAACAACAUUGAGCCACAAGUAAUUCCAACACCAGUUGCUAAGAAAGCACCAAAGAAAAAACAGAGUUUAAGUGAGACAGCCAAACAGCGCUCAGUGCCUUCAUCUCGUCUUGGACGUAUGAUAUCAUUUGGCAGCCUAGCCGCAGGUCUGGGGAUUGGCACAGUAGCUGAGGUGACUCGCCGUUCUCUGGGCAUAGCCGAAACUCCAUCUGUUGGUACAACUCUUGACAGUGCCUUUCUUUCUCCAGCUAAUGCUGAACGAAUUGUGGAUACACUUUGUAAAGUGAGAGGGGCUGCUUUGAAGAUAGGUCAAAUUUUAAGUAUUCAAGACAAUAAUAUAAUUAGCCCUCAACUACAAAAGGCAUUUGAGAGAGUUCGUCAAUCAGCUGACUUUAUGCCCAGUUGGCAAGUGGAGAAAGUAAUGGUUCAAGAAUUUGGUGAGGAUUGGCGCAGCAGGCUGGCAUCGUUUGAAAUGAAACCCUUUGCUGCUGCCUCGAUAGGUCAAGUUCACUCGGCCACUCUGCUCGAUGGUACUGAGGUAGCAAUGAAGAUCCAGUAUCCAGGUGUUGCUAAGGGUAUUGAGAGUGACAUAGACAACCUUGUAGGAAUUCUCAAAGUUUGGAACAUUUUUCCAGAAGGAAUGUUUAUAGACAAUGUUGUGGAAGUAGCCAAGCGAGAGUUAAGCUGGGAAGUGGAUUAUGUAAGAGAAGCUGAGUGCACAAAAAUAUUCCAAAGCUUACUCAAAGACUACCAAGAUUACUACAUCCCUAGGAUUAUAGAUGACUUAUGUACACCUCAAAUAUUGACCACCGAGCUAAUAGAGGGGGUUCCGGUCGAUAAAUGUCAAGACAUGGACGAGCCAACACGCAAACACAUCUGUCAGCUGGUCAUGCAACUUUGUCUUCGAGAACUGUUCCAGUUUAGAUACAUGCAGACAGAUCCUAACUGGUCCAACUUCUUCUACAACGUCGAUACUCGACAGUUGAUUUUGUUGGACUUUGGUGCAUCUCGUACUUAUGACAAGUUCUUCAUGGACCAAUACAUUCAAGUGAUAAGAGCAGCUGCAGAUGGCAAAAAGGAUAGAGUAUUGGAAAUAUCCCGUGAGAUGGGUUUCCUCACAGGCUAUGAAUCAAAGAUAAUGGAAGAUGCACAUGCUAACGCUGUCCUGAUAUUGGGUGAAGUUUUCUUACAAGAGAAGGGAGAAUUUGAUUUUGGUGCACAAGAUACUACAAAACGCAUUCAGCAACUCGUUCCAACAAUCAUCACACAUCGUUUGUGCCCCCCACCAGAAGAAAUUUAUUCCCUUCACCGGAAACUGUCUGGAGUUUUUCUGUUGUGCUCCAAACUUAAAGUAAAAAUGAAUUGUCGAGAUAUGUUCUUGGAAGUAUAUGAAAACUAUAAGUUCUCAUAAUGUACUUAGUAAUUUUUGCUUUGGGUUUGGCAUCUUUUUUAAUAGGGAAUAGAAGAGAAAUUUUCAAUGGUGAAAAGUAAUUCAGAUCAAGCACUACUUUGAUUGUGAGAAACUUGAUUGCAGUUCAAUGAUAGUUGGUUGUGGUGGAAAAUAAGCCAGCACAAAAACAUCAUAAGAGCAAGAUGGCGUCCCUCAAACAGUGAUGCUAGUGGGUAUGGUGAUAAGGCAUCUGCUGCAUGAUGAGAGUCAGUUGUCUCCUCACCUAUAAAACUUGUGUAACUACUGCAAAAAUUAUUACACUGCAGUUCAUAAAUUCCCAAAUAAUAAAAUGUGAAUUGAUUAUUCUAAUUCAUCUCACGCACAAUGCAUGUUUCAUGAUUCUUUAUUUAAAGUUUAUUAUUGAUGAUGGACUAUUUGAAAGGAUAACCGGACAGGUAAUAAAGCAAUAAAUCACAAAAAAUGUAUGAAUAUAGUAUAAUUGUUAUAUUAAUUUAAUUUACUCUAUACUAAGAAAAAUAAAAGGUAAUAACUGAGUUCAUUAUACAAUAAAAUGUUUUAUUAACAAUGGUGUUAUUAUUUAUACAAAAAUAUAAAAUUCAGUUCAAUAAAUGAAAUUCACCAAUCA